AUGACGACUGAACAGUGGAAUUCGCCCAAAACAUUGACCAAAGUUAUGGAGGAGAAGUUUCGCCGUAGGAAUAUCUAUGAACUUCCCGAGCCAGGCACUAGUUUCUCCUAUGAGGAAUGGAAGCGAGGCAAAAACACCAGUCGGCCAGUCAUGCCCCGAGUCAACGUCUCCAGGCCUAGCCAGCCUUUGGACCCAAUCCCCGACCAUGAUGUUGAUCUGUCGCCAGAGACACCUUUCUAUGAGGGUGACUCCGACUUUCAGGUGGCCGGUAUGUUGAAUGAGCGAAUCGCGGCGACUGCAGUGUGCUACUACAAUAUUGAGAACAUCAAAGGGGCCCGAAUCUCCUUACAGCAAGAAGCCCACAUGAACGAAUACGAGCUCAACUUGUUUUACCCGGAGAAGAUCAAACUGGCUUGGGAUAUUCCACAUUGGGUUUACUCUGCGAAUCCACCUCCAUCUCCUCCGCAAGCCCUUCAGGAUCUCGGUUCCAUUGCCACUACCAACAAUGGCCGAUUACUCGCCUGGCCCAACACCUUACGGUACAAGGCUGAACCAUUCUCGCUGGUUGAUCCCUCGAGACCGGGCCACCUUCGGUAUAUUACCAUCCACCUAGUUGAUCCUCACUACCGGCUCUGCUCCUCCAGAAACGUCCCACCUCAGCAGCAUGACUGGUGGCCCAAGGCCGCAGGGAAGUUCUUUAAGCUUCAAGGAGAACCACCGCCGGAGAUCCUGAACAUGCUCCACCAGCAGACAGAAGGAUGGCCUUUGACUGCACAGGAGUCUCUGGAGAUUCGGAAACAGACAGAGACAGAGAGAGAAAGCCAUGGAGGAGUUGCGUAG